GACAUCUCUUCUGUACAACUAAAGCAAAACAAUGAAGCAUACAAUUUACGUAAUAAAAACCAUGAAAAUAGAAAUCGACCGAGAUCGGCAACAGAUCGGUCCUCAAAUUACAAAUCGAAACCCUAACAAAUACUGGAAAAAUGCCAAAUAGGCAAUAAUCAUUCACAUAAAAAUUGCAAGCAAUAAAUAUGCAUAUGCACACCUGGCUGAACUUGAGAGCAUGCUGUUCGCCGGCGAGUUGGAGGUUACCGCUGACGAAGACAAGCAUCCCGCCAGCGGGACCGGACGGCUGGCAAUCGACGGUGGAGAUACUAUGCUGACACUGCUGGAAGGGGAGAUUGGUGAGUUUGGCCACGAUGUUCUGCGAGCCUUGGAUCUUUUGACCUUCGAAGGACAACAUCGAACUUUCCUGGUAGAGAUUUGCAAGGCCGGCACGAUUCGCAUCGAAGGUGCUGUAGUAGUGCUCGACGAAGGCCUUGGACAAGGAGUCAGGAUCCAUCCGAUUCCGGUUUUGAAACUCCGGCUUUGAGUACCGCCGCUAGAGAGGGAGAGGAGAUGAAAUGAAACUCCGGCUUUCUCUCACAAAUCUCGAUUUCUUUUGUUCUAUGGCACUUCGAGCUCGUGAGGAGGCGUGGUUAUGUCUCUUGGCUUCUAAUCGCCUCAACCUCACAUGAGGGAAAAGGGGGAAAGGGAAAGGGGGAAAGGGGGAAAGGGAGAGAUAGAGAUGAUUGUAGAGGGGGCGACAUUACUGGUGA